AUGUCAUACAUCUACAAUCAGGGUCACUCGAAUGACUGGCAAGUCCAAGCGCCACUCCCAAAUUAUGGAGUAGAGUGGACAUCUCUCGCAAAUCCGGAUUUACUCAUGGUAACCUAUGGACCAGAACAACCAGACCCACGGAACAUCAUUCAGCUCAUCACUCAUGGGACGCGCGAUCAACCUUGCGUUUCAGAUUGUAUAGCCAAGAAAUUCACAUUAUACCAGCCCAUCUACGUAUGUCUCGAACAACCCCCCAAAAUGAACUCCUGCCACAGCCUAAAAGCUUCCGGUCGCAUAAAGUACACUUUUCCCAAACCCAUGUUCGACCAGGCACUGUACAAAAUCGACUUCGGGUGGGUUAGCAUGCUGCAGGUCCUGCAGGGCGACCGGUCGUGGACUCCGGAGAUGUAUCCGAUUGCACUGGUCGGAGUAGAGUGUAUCGAUGUCGUCUUUCAUGCUAGUGGGUACCUCCCGCAAUACAUUCGUAUCCCCUUGAUCUGCAAACAUCAUUCCGGGAUGACUUUUUACGAGAUCGCCCAUAGCGUUUCUGCGGGGUAUCGGGAUAUAAUUGCUAGAGAAGCAGACAAUAUCUCGCCUAGUCGGACAGCGACGAUGACACCGAUCGUUAUGAAUGUGAAUAAUCUGAGAUUGGGAUCUUUGUAUACGGAGGAUCCGUCGAAGGCGAAGUGUGACUAUAGGGAGGUUUCAUCGUCAUUGUGCAGUGGCAAGGCGGCUGCCUUGAGUCGUCGAUGGAAGAGCUCCACCAAAGUAGACAACGAGCCUGAGGAGAAGACAGGCGAUAUUUGGAGAACAACAUCCCCAACAAAGAAUAUACCUGUGACGCUAUUGACCAACGGCACUAAUCCAUCUCCCCGAAGCACGAUAAAGGUAUGGAGAGAGGUCGGGUAUUUGUUAGAAGAGAACGAUGUCAAUCCAAGAAAGAAAAGCGGCUUCGGGGGAGACACUUACGAACGCAGUCCGAAAGCAGAGGUGGGUAACGUAGGCGGAACUGCCGGUAAAUAUGAAAGUACCACCGAUGCCCGGAUACGUUAUUAUUCACUUUCAAAGGGUCCACCUCUUCAUGGAUAG